CGUGUCGAUUGAAUAUUCAUGCGUGCUCCGCUUGUCAUAUGUAUAUUCGCGAUUAAAUAAGUCUGAUGUCGCGUUCGGCAAAUUUAGUUUUGGAAUAGCGUUUGAUUUUGGCAUCUACAUGUGUGCGUCGGUUGCGUGUAAUUUUUCACAUUAAAUAAUUUUCCUGUUUAUGGCCUGUUACAGAAUUGUAUUAUCAAUAUGAAACAUACAAUAAUCUUUCAUUGGAGAGCAAGGUGACAUAUCUUUUAAGUACUGUUUGCAAUGGCACACUUUUGGAUGAAAUGCGAUCUAUGGCUGCAGUACUACUGCGCCGACUGUUUUCCUCAGAAUUCAUGGAGUUCUUCCCUAAGAUUCCAUCGGAAGCCCAAGCCCAGCUGAAAGAACAGAUUUUGUUAUCUGUUCAAAAUGAACAGAAAGAAGCCAUACGUCGUAAAGUCUGCGAUGUUGCAGCUGAGGUUGCCAGGAAUCUAAUAGAUGAAGAUGGCAAUAAUCAGUGGCCAGAAUUUCUUCAGUUCUUAUUUCAAUGUGCAAAUAGUCCAUCAUCUGAAUUGAAAGAAAGUGCACUUCGUAUGUUCACGUCCGUCCCAGGAGUAUUUGGAAAUCAACAAGCAAAUUAUCUUGAUCUUAUAAAACAAAUGCUGCAACAAGCUGUUGUGGAUAUGACAAAUUAUGAGGUCCGAUUUCAAGCAGUACGAGCAAUUGGAGCAUUUAUAAUAUUACAUGACAAAGAAGAUAAUAUACACAAACAUUUCUCAGAGCUAGUUCCUGCACUUGUACAAGUAACCGCUCAAUCUAUAGAAAAACAAGAUGAUGAUGCUCUUUUAAAAGUGCUAAUAGAUCUUGCUGAAGCUACACCAAAAUUCCUCAGGGGACAGUUAGAUAAUAUAAUGCAAUUGUGUAUGAACAUAAUUUCCAAUCAGGACAUGACAGACUCCUGGAGACAAUUGGCAUUGGAAGUUAUAGUAUCAAUGUCAGAAAAUGCUCCUGCUAUGGUACGCAAAGCUGGUGCGAAAUACAUAGUAGCUCUGGUGCCAUUGGUAUUGAAAAUGAUGACUGAUUUAGAAGAGGAUGAAAAGUGGAGUUUCUCCGAUGAAAUUAUUGAAGAUGAUAGCGAUAGCAACAAUGUAGUGGCUGAAAGUGCCCUAGAUAGAUUGGCGUGCGGUCUCGGCGGUAAAACAAUUUUACCGUUAAUUGUGCAAAAUAUCCCUACAAUGUUAAGUAACACUGAUUGGAAAUACAGACAUGCAGCGCUUAUGGCUAUUUCAGCUAUUGGUGAGGGAUGCCAUAAGCAAAUGGAAGCUAUUUUACCACAAAUAAUGGAUGGUGUCAUACAAUAUCUGCAGGAUCCACAUCCCCGUGUAAGAUAUGCCGCUUGCAACGCAGUAGGACAAAUGUCUACAGAUUUUUCGCCUACAUUUGAAAAGAAAUUCCACGACAAAGUUAUACCCGGAUUAUUGAUGGUGUUGGACGAUAAUGCGAAUCCUCGAGUUCAAGCGCACGCCGGUGCUGCUCUAGUAAACUUUAGUGAGGAUUGUCCGAAAAAUAUUCUAACACCAUAUCUCGAUGCCAUAAUGGCCAAGCUUGGAUCUAUACUAACUAAUAAGUUUCAUGAAUUGGUUCAAAAGGGAAACAAGCUUGUACUUGAACAAGUUGUUACAACAAUCGCUUCUGUUGCUGAUACUUGCGAAGAACAAUUUGUCACCUAUUACGAUAGACUAAUGCCUUGUUUGAAGUAUAUCAUCCAAAAUGCAAACCAACCUGAACACAAAAUGCUACGUGGCAAAACUAUUGAAUGUGUCAGUUUGAUAGGUCUUGCUGUUGGUUCAGAUAAGUUUAUUGCAGAUGCUAGCGAAGUUAUGGAUAUGUUACUCAAAACACAUGCAGAAGGUAAUCUACCAGAUGAUGAUCCACAAACCAGUUAUCUUAUAUCGGCUUGGGCCAGAAUCUGCAAAAUACUUGGAAAACAAUUCGAACAGUACUUACCAUUAGUAAUGGGACCGGUCUUACGAACGGCUGCUAUGAAACCGGAAGUUGCAUUAUUGGAUAACGAAGAUUUGGAAACUAUCGAAGGUGAUCUCGACUGGCAGUUUGUUUCAUUAGGAGAACAACAAAAUUUUGGAAUUAAAACUGCUGGUUUGGAGGACAAGGCUUCUGCAUGUGAAAUGCUGGUUUGUUACGCGCGAGAAUUAAAGGAAGGUUUCGCUGGUUAUGCCGAAGAGGUAGUACGAUUGAUGGUCCCGAUGUUGAAGUUUUAUUUUCACGACGGUGUGAGAACUGCGGCUGCGAUAAGUUUGCCAUAUCUUCUCGACUGCGCUAAGAUAAAAGGCUCACAAUACGUAGAAGGCAUGUGGGCGUAUAUUUGUCCGGAUCUUUUGAAAGCUAUUGAUACAGAACCGGAAUCUGAUGUGUUGAUGGAGCUAUUGUACUCUUUCGCAAAAUGUAUCGAGACAUUAGGUGCAGGUUGCUUAAGUGCUCCACAUAUGACUGAACUUCUAAGAAUUUUAGAUAAAUUACUCAAUGAACACUUCGAAAAAGCAGUCGCUAGGUUGGAGAAACGAAAGGACGAAGAUUAUGACGAGGUUGUUGAGGAACAACUUGCUGAUGAAAACAAUGAGGAUGUAUAUACCCUCAGCAAAAUUGCCGAUAUUUUGCACGCCUUGUUCUCAACUUACAAAUCCUCAUUCUUCCCAUACUUUGAUCAGAUAUAUGGACAUUUCGUAAAGUUACUGAAUCCCGAAAGAUCGUGGUCGGAUCACCAAUGGGCUUUGUGCGUUUUUGAUGAUGUAAUAGAAUUCGGAGGACCUGAAUGUGCAAAAUAUCAAGAAUUCUUCCUGCAACCCAUGAUCCAAUAUGUUUCUGACAAAUCUGCUGAAGUUCGACAGGCAGCUGCUUAUGGUUGUGGAGUUUUAGGCCAAUUUGGCGGAGAAAGCUUUGCCCAAGCCUGUGCGGAAGCUUUACCGAAGUUAAUAGAAGUUAUUAAUGAUCCAGAGUCAAGAUCAUCAGAGAAUGUAAAUCCUACAGAAAAUGCUAUUUCAGCAGUAACUAAAAUUCUUAAGUAUAAUAACAAGGCAAUCAAUGUCGAUGAAAUUCUUCCACACUGGCUAUCUUGGCUGCCAGUUGUCGAAGAUGAAGAUGAGGCACCACACGUAUACGGAUAUUUAUGUGAUUUGAUAGAAGCGCAUCAUGCAGUAGUCCUAGGAACCAAUAACUCGCACUUACCGCGACUUAUAAGUUUCUUUGCUGAAGCACUGUUUAGAGAUGCUGUACCUAGCGAUCAUCCUGUUAUGUCCAGAAUUCUUAGUAUUGUUAGAGAAAUACAGAACAACGAGACUAUAUUCCAGGCAACCAUAAUGGAAUUAACGACAGAUCAACAACAAGCCCUUCAUGAGGCACUCAGUGCGCUAAGUUGAAUUUCUAACAUCUUAACGUAAAAAAAAAUAAAAUACGUUAAUCUAUCUUCUAGGAAAUCUCUUAUGAAGAUUCUAGGUAGUUAGAUUAUACCUAAAACUGAAAUGUUCGCUCCAGCCUAGCUACACAUACACACAUGCAGAUACAUAUAUACAUAUAUAUAAAAAUUUUACGUGUUUAUGUAUUAUUAUUAUUAUUCACGGACUUGUUGAGUAUAUCUUUCUGCAUCGCUGUCUGAAUUGAAAAUAAUCGAUUUCUACUAUCAGGGAUUGUUGCUAACUUACGUUUUAGCUAAAUUUACGUUUAUAUCACUGAUUAAUGCAAUGGAGUUGAGACGUAAAAAAUUUAAUUACAAAUGAGAGCUCGCAUUGACGAAAAUAAUUUAUACCUUCGUUGAAAUGUUUUAAACCAAACAUUUGUUUACGUGAUAUAUAUAUAAUACGUUUUACACUAUGUUUUGCAUCACUUGAUUGACAGCAUUUGUGAAAAAAAGAUUUGCGAAUGAUUUACAUGAAAUUUCCAAGUGAUAAUAUUUCACGUCACUGAAAGCCAAAUGAUGCUAAAAAUUUUAAGAGAGGAAGUUUUGUAAAUUACAUAAUGAUGAACAUAUUGAAUAUAACUUUAUUAUCGAAAUAUUGUUUAAAAAAUUAUGAUUUUGUCACUGCGACCUCCUUAAAUUGUAUCUAUAUUCUCAAGCUGUAUUCCUUAUUUUGGCAGAAUGAUAAAACUAAUACAAGACAGACUGGAAAGCCAGCUUUUCGUAGCCAUGAAGUGACCGCGCGUGACACGUUGUGAUUUAGGUAUUUUUAUUAUUAUAAAUUUAGGUAAUCAUGAAUGUUAUUUAAUGAUAAUGUCGAUAAUAUUACAAUGUUGAACGUUAAAUGCGAGUGUAUACGAAUGCCUUUUGAAUGAAACGUAAUGUGAAAUGCUUGGUAAAUUUUAGAUUCGGAGUCACAAAUUUGUAAGAUGUGUACAUAAAUACACAUUCUUUAUACAAUUAAAAAAUAAGGAAUGCAUGUCCAAGUACAGCAAAAGAUCUUGUGAUCUUGUAGCUAAUUUACAUUGAAUUAUUGCGUAUUUCUAGCUGUAACUUGUCCAUGUCAUGUACACGCAAUGUUAUCUGAGAAUAUAAAAGUAACGAAAAAUAUACAUGCAACAGACAGAAAACACACACAAAUUGAGUCAAUAGUAUAGAACGGACAAUACUAUACAUUACGUUUCCUUCGACAUGCGACACGAUGAAAAUCGAGAAAACACUAAUAUUUAACGAAAAGGACUGAGUGGAAUGAUGUUUAAACAACUCCUCGUUCUUGUUGCUAUUUAUUUAUACACAAUAAGUCCUUAAUAUGCCUCUGAUACGACUGCAUUACAAAAAAAAAUUUCCUAUAUAAAAUUUACCCAUAGUAUAGAUUUUCAGAGAAUGAGAAUAAAAGAGGGAGAGAAAGUGGCUACAUUUAACAUAAAUGCUCUAAGUGAUGAUCUUUUUUUACUGAAACGUGUAGAGAAAUAAAGAUAAAGAAUAAAACAUUUAUUUGUACAUACAUCAAAAUAUAUAAAUAUGGAACAAGUAUACAUAUAUACAUAACUACAUAUAUAUAUAUAUAUAUAGAAUUGAAGUACACUUGUAAGUAAUCUUGACAUAUGGCAGGCACUGCCCUUGACAAUUGUUUCGCAAAAAAAUCAACAUCACACUCUUGCAAAAUGCGUGUAUACUUACAGUAUAUAUUUAAAUUGCAAAUCUUGUUUACCUACCAAGAUUAAUGAUAGACUGUACGGUACACAUUUGAAAAGGAUAAAAUCCGUGUGAAAGAGAAUUAUAAUUAUAUAGAGAUUAUUUUAAAGUUAUCAUUAAUUAAAAUAAAUAUCAGCUUUGUAA